AUGUCCGUUGAUGUCUCCUUGUACGUUCCAAUUCUUCUUCACGUCACGGUGCUCGCCGCCUUCAGGUACAUUCUGAUUCCACUAUGGGUGUACUGGAGACGACCUUAUUCGCCAGCCAUCGCACGUUUCCGAGGACCGCCAAUAAAACACUGGUUCUUCGGCUUUCUCACCCCUUCUGAGAUCGAGUGUUUUGAAAUGUCGACGAAGCUGCUAGAACUCUGCGAUGAUUACGAUGGGGACCCAGAAGCCAUCAGCUACGUGUUGAAUAACAGCCAGACGUAUGUACGAGCUGAGGUGCAGAUGAGAGUCGCUCGGAUGCUCUUUGGAGAUGGGCUUGUGGCUGUGGACGGCGAGCAGCAUCGGAGGCAAAGAAAGGUCAUCGGACCCGCUUUGACGUCUGCUGCAGUCGAGGGAAUGGCGGCCAUUUUCUAUGAAAAGUCGCACAUUUUGGCUGAUCGAUGGACACAGAAGCUGCCUAGUACAGCUAAUCAGGAGACAAAGUGUAUGGAGAUCAACGCCUACCGGGAAUUCGAGGCCUUGUCCUUGGAUAUCAUUGGCACCGCUGGAUUCCAACAUGACUUCCACUCACUGAGUGGACAGCGUAGCGAGUUAGAGGAUGCUUUAGUCAACGUCGCAAAGAGUGCAGCGACAGGGUCUAUAUACUCGUCUCUGAGAUCUCAUUUCAACUGGUUUGGCACGCUGGGUAGCCUGUUCAGCCAGGAACAGAAGACCCUAGACAAGUACAAGCGGCAUGUCCGGCGAAUUAGCAAAGAUCUCGUCGAGAACGCGAAGAGGAGAAUUCAAAUGCAGGACGGCGAUGAGACAGCAAGAGCUAGAGAUAUUCUUAGUCUCAUCGUCAAGUCGAAUAUCAGCACUACGGGGGGGGCCCGUCUGGACGAUGACGAGGUUGUCUCCAUGGUCCCAACUUUCCUCCUGGGAGGGUACGACAACAACGCCUCAGAGAUGUCGUAUGCGCUCUUCGCGCUUACAAACUUCCCCGAGACACAGCGCCGUCUGCGAAAAGAGCUCAUCUGCCCGCCGCCGGAUAACCGUGACUGGCAAGAAAAUUUCAGGUCUCUCGAGCGUCUCCCUUAUCUGGAUGCCAUCGCCAAAGAAACCUUUCGGAUGUAUAGUUCGGCGCACUCGAUACCCAGAACCGUCUCAAGGGACGACUGCAUUCCGCUCAGUAGAUCUCGACAGCUACGUGACGGAAGCUGGGUAGACAAGAUACACCUAAGUCGUGGCGAUGACGUGGUCAUCGCGCAGAAAUGGGUCAAUGUGUCAUCGCGGUUCUGGGGACCUACAGCCCACUUAUUCAGGCCGGAGCGAUGGAUCGAGGAUCCCGAGCAUGAGUAUUACGAUGGCGGGCUGCCACGCACCGUGACGGGUGAUGGUGAAAAGGCGAGGAAAGAAUUGCCUGGAUGGAGCCACUUGAUGACCUUCUCAAUCGGGCCACGGAGCUGUCCCGGCUAUAAGAUGGCGGUUGCCGAGUUCAAGGUCAGUUUGGCAAUCUUGGUGCUAAGAUUCAUGUUCAUAAGGCAUAAGGCCAUGGACGAGGUAUAUGGGGAAGUGCAGGUCGUAGAUCGACCCCGGGUGAAGGGGAAAGAAGGGUAUUGCAUGCCGUGUUGGGUGAAAGCUUUAGACUAG